AUUUUAAACUCAUCCCCAAAAAGGUCUGGAGGUAACUUAUAUUGGUCUGGAGGGAGCUAAAACUUUCUUCAUCAAUAAAAUUGAAGGAUGGUGAGAAUGAUCUGAGUGAAGAGAAAGUGAGAUCUUUUCAUAAGCCCAACAGGGGGAGAAAGAGGAGGAGGAGCUCUUUACAACAGCUCACUUUAUUGGUCCACCCUAGACCUGAGGAAGAAACAUUCACCCUCUCAAUGUGGCACACCUCAACUGUUUCACAUGCAGAUCUGUUCAAAACAGACAUCAAUAUCUGGAUGUUUGAAGCCUACAGAAAUCUUCAGAGGGGCAGACAUUAUCUUCAUUAGAAUCAAACGUAAAACAAAAAGACUAAUCCAAUGAAUCUACAUGUGGACUUCAUUGCUUUCAAUUUGCUCAGGUCAGCCAGAUGAACAGACACAUAACAGCCCACAAAGCCAAGGUAAGGAAUCUGUGCAUCUUCCUUAUCCUGUGCUUUUAUUUGGUGUAUGCUGGUGUGCCAGGUCCAUGUAAGCACUCUGUCACCCGGGACCAUCUCUUAAAUUUAAGACGUCUGAUGAAGAACCAGCUGCAAAAUGGUUGUUCAAUAACCUUCACCUUCACUGAGCGGCAGAACCUGAGUGUUGUGUGUUAUGUUAAAGCAGCUUUCCCUCACAUACUGGAGCUACUCAACACCCAAUUCAGAUAUGCUAAAGACUCAGACAAUUACCGCUAUACUAAUUCACUGAAAAACUUGAUCUACAACGUUUACUCUCAGAGAUGCAUCCCUCCAAUCAAUGAAGAGAAUGAGAAUAGCCCAAUGAGGUUCCUAAAAGCCCACAUGACUUUGCCCAGAGAAGCUUUAGAGAAAGCUGAGGAAGUGAUUCGCAUGUAUAUGGGUCUGAUGACUCAAAGCGACAAGCCUGUGGACUGGAACUGUGAGGAGGAGUACACAGAAGAUCUCCCAGAAUCCAGCACUGAACCUCUCAGCCAAACAGCAGGUGCCUCUGAUUGCCCCUGCAUUUGUCCAGCAGUGAGCACCGGAUCAUCUCAGACAUCUGCAUCCACAAGCCAUUGGAAUAUUCACCUGAAACCUACUCCAUCCCCACAAAGAUCAUCCUUUUCACCUGUGGUAACAUUGCAGGGUGGUAAUGAAGGAACUAAACAAUUCAGGUCUGCUGUCCCACUAGCUCUAGGGAUGCCUGCCACAUGGAGAUCAACACAAGGAGAUCUGUCCAACUUCCUCUUUGAUAGCACUCCAUCUUUUCAUGAAGAAACUUCAAAUUCAGAGAUGGAUCAUUUGGCCUCACCCGAUCUUUUUCCUUCGCUUACAAAUUUUCAGGAUGUAUUUUCAAGCAGAAUUGACUCCAGGGCUGAGUCAGCCUCCUCUGGCCACAGUCAUAAAAGCGAUAGCAUGCAGGACAGUGUGGAGAGGAGUACACUGCUUUUACUCGCCAAGAGGUCUUUAGAUUCCAAAAGCGAAGAACAACCAUCAAGUGUGAAAUCAUCACAGAACUGGGAUACUGCAACAUCUAAAAAAUAUAAAAAAUAUAAAUCGAUGUUUUUCAGUUUGGCAUAUAAAAAUCUUAAGAACACAGAGAUAAAAGGCAAGCCUUUCCAGAUGCUUCAACCGCAUAAAUACAUUGCACCAGUCACAACCACAGCUCUGUCUUUUAAAGCAGAUGCACAUUCAUCAGAAGGCCUGAGCACCCUCGUUGAACAGCCUGUUCAUUUAAAGAGCCCUCCUGAAAAUUUCCAAACACACACCCAAAGUCCAGUGAGAGUGCCAAGGAAUUUCAUGAGAACCAUUCAUGAGAUGAAGCUCAGAAAAAACCGCAGAUCCCAGGAGGAUAGGCAGGAGAUGAAGGACCAGACUCAUCCAGACAGAGAAACACACAGGAACUCUGCCACAGAACAAUCCACCAGAACAAUCAUCUCUUUUGGCACCAUGCUCAUAAUUAUAUUAGGGUGUGGUGGACUUCUGCUCAUAACUGUACAGUUUUACAGACGGCAAAAAAGUAAGUGACUCACAAUUCAUUUUUGCUUUGCUGAAAAGAACGGCAUCUUGGUCAGUGCUGGUCUGGAGUUGGACUGGCCUUAAAAAACAUGCUGUAACCAGCAGCCAAAACAUUUGCCAGUGACUAGCUCUGGUGGUCUUUUCAGUCCCAUGUGAUCUUGUUCAAACAUAAAAAUAAACAUUAAAAGAAAAAGAAAACAUUCUUUGAAGUUUCCAAUAUGAAAGAAAAACACAUCAUGGAGAACAGAAACCGAGAAAUGAUGGAGUUAAAUAUUAUGAGACAAAAUAUCGGCAGGUUGGUUUUUCUCAUUCUGUAUAUGGAUUUACAAUACAUUUUAAAAGACAUCUUUUAUUGCUCAAACGGUGUCUACAGCUACAAAGAGUACUAGAACAGGAAAUUAUUGAUCUGGCAGAUGGUCCAUUGGUAUGAAAUAUGAAAAUAUUUUAAGCACAUUCCUGCACAAACUAAACUUGACACAUUCAUCUUCUCUUUGCACAUUUUGACUUGGCAAACUGACCAUGAAAUGUUGAAAGGAAAUAAUAUCAUUAAUUCUUAGAAAAAGAGAAGAGAGUUCUUUUUUUCUUUCAUAUCAGUUAAGAUUGUACUCAUCUGGAUAU